CGCGAGGGGUUGGGACGCGUGUCGGCGGGUGUAGACGUUACUCGCGGGUUCUUGGCGGGUUUAAUUCGGCCCUCCUCCGGGAAUUAGAGAGGGGUGGUCGCGGAGAAGGCUGGGCUCGCUGAAGGGCUCCCCACCUACGCACCACACCUCUUUUGCCUCUCCUCGGCCCGAGGGGGCCCGUCACGUGUGCAAGGAAGACACGCGUCUGAGUCGGACCGCUGCGUGCUCUUUCCGGCUCAGGAAAGAAGAUGGUAACCAUGCUUAGCUUAUGAAAACUCCUACUUGCAUCUUAAUACACAAUGUCCCUGCUGUUCAUUCGCUCUAAGUCCAUCAUCACUAGCAAAAAGGACAAGAGACAUAUGGCGGACGUCAGUGCCUCCCCCCUUAAGCAUUUUGUCACUGCCAAGAAAAAAAUAAAUGGCAUCUUUGAACAGUUGGCAGCUUACAUCCAGGAGAGCUCCGUCUUUCUGGAGGAAACACACAAAAAUGGUGAGCUCGACCCCGUCACCACGGAAGAACAGGUGUCAGAGGUCAAGGGCUACCUGUCCAAGGUCAGCGGGAUCAGCGAGGUGCUGGCCAGGCGACACAUGAAGGUGGCUUUCUUUGGGCGGACGAGUAAUGGGAAAAGUACUGUGAUUAACGCCAUGCUGUGGGAUAAAGUCCUUCCCUCUGGGAUCGGCCACACCACCAACUGCUUCCUGAGAGUGGAGGGGACGGAUGGACAGGAUGCCUUCCUGCUCACCGAGGGGUCUGAGGAGAAGAAGAGCGUCAAGACGGUCAACCAGCUGGCUCACGCCCUCCACCAGGAUGAAUUGCUAACGGCCGGGGGUCUGGUCAGCGUCAUGUGGCCGAAUUCCAAGUGUCCUUUGCUUAAGGAUGAUCUCGUUUUGAUGGACAGCCCCGGAAUUGACGUCACCACCGAGCUGGAUAGCUGGAUUGAUAAAUUCUGCUUGGAUGCCGAUGUCUUUGUGUUGGUGGCCAACUCUGAGUCGACGCUGAUGCAGACGGAGAAGCAGUUCUUCCACAAAGUCAACGCUCGCCUCUCUCGGCCCAACAUUUUCAUUUUAAAUAACCGCUGGGACGCUUCGGCCUCCGAACCGGAAUACAUGGAGGAGGUUCGCCGACAGCACAUGGAGCGUUGCACCAGCUUCCUGGCGGAUGAGCUGGGUGUGGUGGAUCGCGCCCAGGCCGGGGAUCGCAUCUUUUUCGUCUCUGCCAAAGAGGUCCUGAACGCCCGCAUCCAGAAGGCUCAGGGUAUGCCCGAAGGAGGCGGGGCGCUGGCCGAGGGUUUCCAAGUCAGGAUGUUCGAGUUCCAGAAUUUUGAGCGAAGGUUUGAGGAGUGCAUCUCGCAGUCGGCGGUCAAGACCAAGUUUGAGCAGCACACGGUCAGAGCCAAGCAGAUUGCGGAGGAAGUCCGGCACAUCAUGGAUUCCGUGCACGUGGCCGCGCAGGAACAGAGGGUUUACUGCCUGGAGAAGUGGGACGACCGCCAGGAGCGCCUGGGAUUCAUCGAGAAACAGCUGGACCUGCUCACUCAGAGCUACAAGUUGAAAAUCAAGGAGAUCACGGAAGAGGUUGAGCGCCAGGUCUCACACGCGAUGGCAGAAGAGAUCAGGAAGCUCUCGGUGUUAGUGGACGAGUUUCAGCUGGAUUUCCAUCCUUCCCCCGUGGUCCUGAAGGUUUAUAAGAACGAGUUGCAUCGGCACAUCGAGGAAGGCCUGGGCCGAAACAUGUCAGAUCGCUGCUCCGGUUCCAUCGCCGCCUCUUUGCAGAUCAUGCAGCAAGAAAUGAUUGAUGGGCUGAAGCCCCUCCUCCCCGUUUCCCUGAGGGGGCAGAUCGAGCUGCUGGUCCCCAGGCAGUGCUUCGCCCUCAGCUACGACCUGAACUGCGACAAGCUCUGCGCCGACUUCCAGGAGGACAUCCAGUUCCAUUUCUCGCUCGGCUGGACCAUGUUGGUGAACCGGUUUCUGGGGCCCAAAAAUACACGUCGGGCCUUGAUGGGCUACAGCGACCAGGUCCAGCGUCCGUUGCCCCUGACCCCAGCCAACCCAAGCCUGCCCCCCAUGCCACAGGGGUCCUUGACUCAGGAGGAGCUGAUGGUCUCCAUGGUAACCGGCCUGGCCUCCCUCACGUCCAGGACUUCGAUGGGCAUUCUGGUGAUCGGUGGAGUGGUCUGGAAGGCCGUGGGCUGGAGGCUUAUCGCUCUUUCUCUGGGCCUCUACGGGCUCCUCUACGUCUACGAGCGCCUCACCUGGACCACCAAGGCGAAGGAGAGGGCCUUCAAGCGCCAGUUUGUGGACUACGCCGGGGAAAAACUUCAGCUGAUCGUCAGCUACACCGGCUCCAACUGCAGCCACCAAGUGCAGCAGGAGCUGGCGGGAACCUUUGCUCAACUAUGCCAGCAGGUGGACGUGACGAGAGAAGAUCUGGAGAAAGAAAUUGCAGGCCUCAAUCAAAAGAUUGAGAUUUUGGAUUCUUUGCAGAGCAGAGCCAAGUUGCUCAGGAACAAAGCCGGAUGGCUGGACAGCGAACUCAACAUGUUCACACAUCAGUAUUUGCAGCAGAGCAGAUAAGCCACCGAAAUGGGAGUCCACAGGGAAGACUGCCUGUUUCCUCCCCCCCUCCCCGUCCUUCCCAGUUACACUACUGGGAAAAUAAUUCCAGAUGAUGGGAACUUUUUCUUGAAGGAGGGGAAAGUGGAAGGUCUCAUUCCUCUUUGCGCCCGUCCCUUCCUUCUGUGCCCACAGUUACUUCGAAACCCCUUUUCCUUUCUCCUCCUCACGUGGGCGCUUCUAUCCUAGCCGGCACGUUGCCAGCUUAGCAAUUUUUUGGCUUAGUAAGAAGAAACGUUGACAAUCCCGAUGACGAUUAGGCUGGGGAGAUAUCCCCCACCCUGCAUCUAAUAAUCCCCCUUACUCAUUUCGAUGAAAUAGCCAUUUGAUUUCCAUUAUAUUUUUUUUUAGUGGGUGUGUGGAAUGAAAUUAACCCCGCGAUCCCUGCUUGCCACAAAUGAACGACUCCCGAAGGGAAUCCUAUUGUAAUUUAUAGCGGGGGGAGGGUCUCCAACCUUGGCCACUUUAAGACUUAUGGACUUCAACUUCAACUCAGCUUUUCUGGCCGAGGAAUUCUGGGAGUUGAAAUCCACAAGUCUUAAAGGGACCAAGAUUGGAGAUCCCUGAUUUAUAGGACAAUGCAUCCCAGACCAAUUCAGAGGUUGGCUGAGCUUGGCUUCUGAAUUUUGGUAAGCAAGGGACAGUCUGGUUGGGUUUCUUCAACUUUGAAAUCCCAUCCUCCUCCUCUCUUACGCGCUUGUGACAUAGCGAGCGGGCGAAGUGUUCUGUCUUUCUGUCCCGAUCCUCAGGUUUUUACUAUGACCUUAUUACGAUCACCGUGUCUUUCCCUGUGGCUCUUGCCCUACAACAGCGCCUCCUAAAGUUCCCAGUCCUUAUGAAGUUAAACCGAGUCAACUUCAAACACUAAUGAAUUUAUUAGAGGGUGUGUGCAGGUGGGCCGAGAGUGACGGCACGAAGUUCUGUAGACGGAUGAAAUGUAAGAAAAAAUUCCGAGGGGAAAUUCAGACAAUUGCAUUUUGUGCCUGGCUAGAUAGAAUUUAAUCAGCUGUAAUAGAUUUUGACCUCUUGAUUGUUUCUCUACUUUUUUUUGCCCCCACCCUUGCUCUUCCUUGGUUUAUGAACCUUUUCACAACUUCUGCAAUUGUCUCUUCUACCUUUUAAUCAAAUUUUUUUUUAAAGGACGUUGCUCCCAUUUCAAUCCAGCCCCAUCCCUUUCAAAAUUCAGUUUCCAAAUAACAAACUAUUCUAAAAAUACGAGUUCCGGGUACAUUUGUAAAACAAACAACAGACAUUCUACGAACUCCGGAACUGAAAUAAUUAAAAUAUACAUACAUAUUUACAAUACAUAAUAUAUAUAAUUUCCUCCUGGGUCAAUUGAGACCCACUUAGGAGGCGUCGGGUUGAGGAAAGGGACACGCACUGGGGGUAGCUUGUACCAGUCAAAUCUGUGCAGAAGUCACAAUUGGGAUCAUUCCAGGGUGUAGGGUGUUGUUGUUUUUUGGACCGAAAGACACUCCAGUACCAUAGUUUUCAACCUGGGUACCUUGAAGAUGUGUGGACUUCAACUCCCAGAAUUCCUCGGUCAGCUGGCUAGAGAAUUCUGGGAGUUGAAGUCCACCCACCUUCAAGCUUCCUCUUCACGCCUCCUCCAUGUGAUAUUUGAAGUGUCUUCCCCAUUGUAGGUCUGGGGUCUGUUUCUCCUUCCUUUCCUCACCGUUGGGGGCACUUCAUUCUCUUUCCAGCCAGCUCAGCCAAAUUUUUGAGAAUCUGACAAUUUGGGGUUCGGCCACCGAUCAGCUGUAAGCGUGGACCCCUAAAAACGCUGAGGGUUCACAAGAUGUCCCCCCAAAUGCACUUUACCUUUGGUUUUUUUUUUAAUGCUGCUAGCGUUAGUUUUAAUUUCUAGCCAGGCCUUCAAAAUCCUCCUGAUGGUGUUUUCUCUGGUUUUUUUGGGGGGUGGGGGGCUGUAAGGAUUUGGGAAUAAUGAUGCUAUUAUUAUUAUUAUUAACUAUUAUGACCUGAUACUGUUUCUAGCUGCAUCCGUGCUGUUAAUAACCACAAAAACAGAAUUAAAAGCGGAAUACAUGGACGGAAAGUUUCUUCUGCCUUUUGUUUUCUUGGAUUUAAAAAAAAAGAGAGAUUUUUCUUUGGUAAAUUGCUGCUGUGCAAGUGUUUCUUUUCGCCUCUGGGAAGGUGUUUUUUUGUGGCUGGGUCUUUGUGUAUUGGAUGGUGGC